UGGUGGUACACAUAGCAGCGUGAAGGAAAGAAACAGAGAGUUGAAGCUAGAUCGUUUUUCUAUCUCUUCUCCUUCACACACUGUUCACCAGUUGAUCAGUUGAUCAGCACAGAGCAGCGCGGUGCCUGCUGUCCUCAGGUGGAGUCAGUGAGCAGAGGAGACAUGGCGGCGCAGGGAGGUGUAGUGUUCCAGGAGAAGGUCAGCAGACUGCUCAACAGAUACGAUAAAAAACCUGUCAUCAAACCCAACAAGAGUCUGAGUCUGAGAGACGCUGUGGCCAACCGGAAACCCAAGAAAGGAGAGGCCACCUGUAUCACAGAGAUGUCAGUCAUGAUGGCCUGCUGGAAACAGAAGAACUUUGUGGACGCUCUGUGCUCCAAUGAGAUCAACUCCUUCUACAGCUGUGUUGAGAAAGCUCAGGCUGCUAUGAAGAAUAAGUCAGAACAGACCAGAAUGCAGGGAGGAUUUCUGCACCCAAAAAAAGCCACAACACUGCUGAAGAGAUAUCCCAACCUGCGCUCUGAGAUCUAGAAAGAUUUGUGAAUGCGUAUAUUUUAUGGACUUUAUGUUGCCGUUAAAAACAACUGGGUUUCAUGAUGUGAAGACAUUGUCCAGAGUGGUCUGCUUUAAGAAAAAUCAUCUCUUUACCAGUCAGAUACAGUCAUCAUCUAAUCUCUCAUCUACUGUAAUAUUGUAAUAUUUCAACAAUGGGAUAUGAUAUGUUUGUUAAAUAAAUGAAGUAAGACGAUA